GAGCCACACCCUUUGCCUUCUGCAGAUCAUCAGCAACGCACAGAAUGUCUGCAGAAACUCAGCUCCCAUUGAUAAAGGUAGAGAGAAUAUUUGCGAGAGACAAGAAACCAGAAAAAGCUGAGAAUCGAUUAGUAUGGGGAACACAACUCAAACUGUCCCAAGAAGACUCGCAUUUAUGGAAAUUAAGGGCAUCUAAUUCACGUACAGCCAGACCUUUAGGAAUGUUACCCCAUAAAAGAAAGGGAGAGGAAUGGAAAGGACUGAGUCUCCUUGCCUCUGAGCGCCUUUAUCCUUUACAAGUGUUGCAGAAACCACAAAAACCAGUUGCAUCUGGUCACAGACCCAGCAAACCACUUCCUCAAUCUUUAAGACAUCAUCAACAGCAGCAGCAGCAGCAGCAGCGAAAUCCACAACAGCACAACCAAGAGCAUGAGAAUCAACAGAAUCCUAGUGUACCUCUACUUUCUUCCUCUCCUCCUCCUCCUCCUCCUGCAACCUCUAAUGAAGGAUCUCGAGCAGUUAUAUCUGCUAGUGUUAUUCGUAGAGAAAAACCUGCUCAGUCAAUGCUUCGCUUUCCAGCCUCAAAUGUUGUCAAACCUCUCAAACAGGUUGUUAUCGAGGAUGAAGAAUAUUUAGAUGUGCUGGCUCAGGUUGACAUGCGUCAUCUGUACAGCAGUGAAAUAGAGAGCAAAGAUUUAUUGCAAAGGCAGCAAGAGAAUUAUUCAAUCUUUGGGCCACCUCCAAGUAUUUAUCAAGACUCAUUGAACUACAGAGAAGCUAAAAAUAAUUUAAGCAAUGGAAGCAGGAAACUAGCUAAAUGGGGAAGAACUAAUCCUAAUGGGUCUGAAAUGCUAGAGUAUAUUAGUUUCACUGGUCAAUCUCAUCUUAAUUAUCGUCACUUUUCCUCUGACAUUAGAGAUGGAAUGGAUUAUGAGCCAUGUGAAAGAUGCAGGCUUAGAGGAACAAGGUGCUCCCAUUGCAUUGCAAUUAGAACUGGUGGUGGAUACAUCAUAUUAGAUGGAUUGUCAUCUGAUAGUCAAUUAAUGAGAAAUAAAGGAUAUAGAAAAGGUUGGGAGUACAAUGGUGGAAAUGGUAAUCCCAACUCACUCAAAUCAUUCUUGAGAAGAAGAAAGGGAGGGGAUGACUCUGAACUUAGUCAAUCAAGUUUUCAGGGUGAUGGUGGUGAGAGAGGUGACAAUGAUGGAGAAGGAUCGGGACAUCUUUUGCGACGAUGGCAUGACAGACGGGCUGAAGACUGGGAUGGAGGAAGAGGAAGUGGUUUUGGACUUGGGGACAAUACUCACAAACUACAUGCUGGAGCAGGAAAUGAGAAUGGAUAUUCAUUUGACGAUAGAGACAAGAGAAGAUCUAAUGCAUUAGGGAAUCAAAAAGGACUUUCUAAUGAUAGCUAUAAAGACUUUAAUCAAGGCUCCUCGAAUAAUUUGGAAAGAAACCGUCUUACUUCUGGCCGGCAGAGAACAAAUGAAAUGGAUGGAGACUAUGAUGAUUCUACAAGAGAUCAUGCAAAUCGUGUUGGUAGUUCACGGCCACGAUCUUCUGCAAGGAGUCGCAUGCCAGGCUCUGCAAGAGAAAGAGGAGAAAGUGGAGGAGACAGGGGAAAUAAGAAAAUAAGAAAACUUGAUGAUUUUGAUGAAGAUGGAAAAGAUAUUAGUUUAGAGAAAACAAGCAGCAGGAGUAGGAGGAAAGAAGGUGACAGUGAUGAUGAAGAUGAUGAGAAAGGAAGAGGAAAGAAGAGAUCAGUGUCCAGCGCUUCUGGUCGGGGCAAUAAAGACGGUAGUGAUCCGAGAUCCCGAGGUAAUAUUGGUAGCAGGCACUUGGGUCAAGUGAGAGAAAGAGAUGAUGAAGAUGAAGACUCUGGACGAAGCCAUGGAGACUUAUUGAAGUUCAAAUCAAAACGUGACAAUGUAAAAGUGAAGGAAAUUUCACUAUUAGAAUUAAAAGGGAUUGACCCAUUGGAUUACUUAGCGAAAUAUUGCAUCAUUGAUCAAACAAAAGUACCACACUAUCAACAAGUAUUCAGCAAUGUUGACAGGGAUGAGGAUGAACAUAUCACUGUACAAGAACUAGACUUUGCAUUGAGAGCUGUCAAUUAUAAUUUGAUAUCUGACAGUGAGAUGAACUACAUCAACAGCAUACUGGAGCUUGCUGGGAGAUAUGCUCUUAAUUUUCAAUUAUUCUCACUCAUUGCUGCACUCUCAGAGAAAGUCGUGGCUCUAGAAGACAUGGUGAAACGAUUAAUUAAUACAAUGGACUUUGAGGCACUGGAAACGAAAAUGAAAAAAUGCAAAGAACUGUUCUACUUACUAGCAAAUGACAAAGAAGGAAUAGUGACAACACGUGAUCUAGCAGUUGAGCUACAAGCAGGAGGUCUGACACAAGAACACGUUGAAUUUGUAACAGACAGAUUGAAUUACGAAGGACGUGGCACUGUGCAGUUCUUAGAUUAUCUAACCUACGUCCCGCUGUUUGUUGAGAUACAUGAUAAUAUUAAUGACAAUCCUUUAGACUUUUCAAGAAACAGAUGAGAGAAGAGACAAAGGAGGGAAAAAAGAAAGAAAAUCAGGGCUUGUUACAACACAAGUAUCGCCUGAAAUUUAAAUAAUAAUAAUAAUAAUGAUAAUAAUAACAGUAUUAAUAAUUAGUUAUGAAAUUUAUGAA